CAGGUGGAAGCGAAAGGAUCAACAUAUCAGCUCAAGCCUGUAGUCCAUCCUGGUGGAAAGACAAAGAUAACGAUGAAAAACUGAACUAUGGGCUGGGAUGGCCUGACCUCCAGUGUAGCAGACCCAUAAUCUGGAGCCCACGAUGACUGCAGUGCUGAACGAAGUGCUGAGGAAGACUCUGGACAACCUCUCGGGGGCCGACUUUAAGAGGUUUAAGUGCUACCUUCGGGAUGAGUACCAAAUGCCAUGGGGAAAGCUGGAGAAGGCCGACAUAGAUGAUGCCGUGGACUUGAUGGUGCAGGUCCACAGCAUGGGGGCGGGGGCCGUCAUGUUCACCAUCUUGCAGAAGAUGAACCACAACCAGCUGGCCAUGGACUUGGAGAGUGAUCUGGCAAAAUGUGGAGGUCAGCAGUGUUCCACAAGUCCGGCUGCAGGGGGUGGAGGGAUCAACAUAAACAUGUCUGGAGCAUCUGCACCACAGCAAGCUGGAGACCAGCAGUGUUCUGCAGUGGGUGGAGGGAUCAAUAUGAACAUGUCUGGAGCACCUGUGUCACAGCAAGGUCAUGGCUCAGCACAGAAAGUUAAAAUACUGAAAGAGAAGCUUCAAACACACUUGAGAACCAAGUUUUCUGCUGUUCAUCAAGACACUGGAGUUAAAAAUGUAGAAGAUAUCUACACUGACCUUUACAUUGUUGAGGGCCGCACAGGUGGGGUCACCAAUGCACAUGAAGUGUCGCCAAUUAACAUGAAUCAAAUUGGGAGAGGACCAAGCUCGGAAGAUAAGCAAGUUAACUUGGCAAACAUGUUCACUGACAGGUUUGCCACAAAAGUUUUGACUUUGGGGAUUGCUGGUGUGGGGAAAACGGUUGCAGUGCAGAAGUUUGUCACGGACUGGGCUAAUGGAGGAACAAAUCAAGACAUUGACUUUGUCUUUGUUCUUCUGUUUCGAAAGUUGAACUUGAUUAUGGAAAAAGAUUACACUUUUCUUGAACUCCUUCUUGCAUUCUACACGGAACUCAAAGAUUUGACAGAAUUGUCUGAAUUCGCAAACUGCAAAAUUAUUUUUGUCCUUGAUGGUAUGGAUGAAAGCAAGCUCCACCUAGACUUUGAAAAGUGUAUUAGUGAACUCAAUGAGAAGACUUCUGUGGACAUCCUCAUGACAAGUCUCAUUAAAGGAACAUUACUGAGUACUGCACACAUCUGGGUUACAACCAGACCAGCAGCAGCCAGUCUGAUCCCAGAUGAGUGCAUCAAUUUUGUGACAGAGGUGCGAGGAUUCAAUGAUGACCAGAAAGAUCAGUUCUUUCAGAAGAACAUAAACAAUAAAGAGAAAGCCGAGAAACUCAUUCUUUAUAUAAAAAAGAAUAGAAGCCUUCACAUCAUGUGUCACAUACCGGUAUUCUGCCGUAUUAUAGCUAGUGUGGUAGAUGAAAUACUGGGAGAUCAGAGCAAAGAAAAAAAAGCCAAAACUUUGACGGAAAUGUACACACUGUAUACUUGCACUCAGUUGAAAAGAAUGAAUGAAUUCUUGGACAUUGACAUGAAGAUGAGUGCAAAAGAAAAAGGCCAGUUGCUUGUGAAACUUGGGAAACUGGCAUUCAAACAUCUGGAGAAAGGCGCCUUGAUAUUCUAUAAGCAUGACUUGAAAGCUUGUGGUAUUGAUGUCAGGGCUGGAGCAUUGCAGGCUGGAGUUUGUACACAGAUCUUCAAUGUUGAGGGUGCUGCAGCUGAAGAUAAUAUAUUCAGCUUUGUACAUCUAAGUGUACAGGAAUUCUUGGCAGCUCUUUACGUUCUUAACAAAAAUGCAACUUGUUAUUUGGGAAAUCGUCUCCCCAAAACAUGGAGGAAGACAAACCACUGGCUAUCUUCACCCUCAAGGUUUGACCUUUACAUGCUUAGUGUGGACAAGGCCUUACAGAGCCAGAAUGGACAUUUGGAUCUUUUUGUCCGCUUCCUCCUUGGCCUGGCUCCAAUGUUGGAGCCUCAAAUCAGGUCCCCCCUGAAUAAUGUGCUGCCACAGUUAGCUGUCAGAGAAACAUGUAUCAAGAACACAGUUCAAUACAUCAAAGAAGUCAUCAAGAGAGACGACUCACCAGAACGGACCAUCAACCUCUUCCACUGUUUGAAUGAGCUUGGGGACAACUCACUGAUUGAGGAGAUCAAUGGGUACAUAAACUCAGCAGAUGAGAAGAACCUGACUCCAGCCCAGUGCUCAGCUCUGGCUUAUCUGCUGCUCAUGUCAACUACAGACAUGGAGGAGUUUGAUCUGAAGAAGUACCUGAGAUCAGAGGAAGGGCUCCACAGAAUGCUCCCAGUAGUGAAUGUCACAAGGAGAGUUUGGCUGAAUCAUUGUCAACUCACUAAAGCAAGUGGUAAACUGUUAGCAUCAGUGCUACAGAGGACACCUUCCCAUCUGAGAGAGCUGGACAUGAGUAACAAUGACCUGCAGGAUAAAGGUGUGGAGCUGCUCUGUGUGGGAUUAAGAGAUCCACAGUGCAAGCUGGAGAUACUGAGACUUGCUGGUUGUAAGCUAAGAGAGGAAUCCUGUAAGGCUGUAGCCUCUGCUAUGGAGUCACUGGUCUCCCUGACAGAACUGGACCUGAGUGACAAUGACUUAAAGGAUUCUGGAGUUCAGCUUCUCAUUGCAAGACUAAGUAGCCCUCACUGUAAACUGCAGACUUUAAGGAUAGAUCUGCCAACUACCUAUGUCUGUUUGUGCAAUAGAAAGUUGUGAUGUACAGAAGUCUCACUGAAACUACAAAACCUAUGGACUGUUUAUAUACAGACACAAAUUAAUUACAGUCAAGCAUGUAAUAGCUGUUGAAACGUACCCUUAAUAGGCAGUUAAAUUGGGUUGUGUCAAUUUGUGUAUACGUAAUCAAUUAGCCACACACACAAUUGUGUGAUGAUAAAUGGCUUCACCUGAAAACUAUCCCUAAAUAAAAUAAAAUGUUUUGUAUUAUCAAUCAUAUUUUCCAAAAAGCUAUUAGAAUAUAACUAUGAGCACAAAGGUGCAUCAUCAUGCACUUUGUCUUUUAUAUGGUUGUGUCCUGUAAUUUAUCCUUUAUAUGUGUUUGUCCCAUCCUGGGUAUUCUGUUUUUAUGAAAUUCAAUAGCAGCAUAACACACAGAUGGAACAAAAACAGGAAAGAGGCACAGAGAAGACCAUACAUGUUGUGUUACGUAUUUGUGUAACGCUGCACAAGUCAUGUACAUGUGUGUGCUGCUUUGUGUAAGAGCAUGUGAAAUUUAUUUAAUGAAAGAUUGGCACAUUUGUAGUGUAAGUGAAAGUGUUUAGGUAAAGGUAACACAUAAUAAUAACUACAAACUAUUCUUCGUUUGUUAGCAUUGUUACACUAUUAGUAAAUGGUUUGUAAAGUAUUGCUCGUACAUUAUUUCUUAUUAGUAAAGCAUUUGUAUGCACAAUUAUAAAUGGUUUGUUCAUAGAAAAUAAGUCUAUCCCAAAAUAUGUUUGUAAAUAGAUGUUUUUUACUUAAAUAAUGCAACAACCAUUUAUACAUGAAAUACAUUUCCCAUUAUAGACCAGUUGCAAACUAUUACUAAAUAGCACAACUGCAUCAUCAUGCACUUUGUGUUUUGUUUUGUUUUAUCUAUAUUUGUUUGUCCCUUCUUGUAAU